AUGACCGAUCCAUCCGCUCAGACCUCAUCGUCUAGCUUCCGCGCCCGUGCCAACGCUUCGCAAUCGCCAGUGCAUCCCCAACGUCGAGCCACCGUUGAUCCAGUCGCAUCGUCCAGCAGUGCCGCCAACAUUGCUGCGGCCGCAGCUACAAAAUCUCCACCCAUUCUUGCGACCUCGAGUCCCGCUUGGAAAGGAGCAGUCCAGACCACGAGCAGCGAAAUGCAGCACCCUACAGGUGUGGUCGCUGCCGAUGACGCGGCCGCACCGAGACCUAAUGCGUGGGCCAAACCCGUGCCUACCAGAUCUUUCACUAGCGCACCUCCGAGAAGGCAGGGCGUCGCUGCUGAAGAUCCGCUCGAAGAGGACGAGGUGAGUGGUUGAAUGACGCUUGGCUCACGAAGCUGCGUAGGUCGCCCGACUCUCCUUGAUUUUGCGACUGAGCUCCGCCUUGUAUUCUUCUCGCUCAGGAACGAGCACGAGCGGCGCAUGCUGCUGCUCGGGGUCUUUUGUCUGGCAAGCAGCAACCUGCGCACUCGCACGCCAUAGAUGCUUCCCUAGCCUCUAGACUCUCGAACGUCACGCUACAAUCAAUGCAGACUGCGUCUCCCACCAGCGCUGCACAGGUUCUCAGUCCUGAGCAACAGCGAAAGGAUUUGCUGGUCGAACAGGCCCAAAUCAGUGGUGGCGCCUCUGUCGAGUCCGUCCCUGCUCGCGAGGCGGCAUCGUCCUCGACCGGUCGUCCCCGCGUGGCUAAGCAGCCUGUAAGAGCUGCGACUCUGGAUCCCGGAACACUCCAAGUACACCAGCUAGAGGCGCAAGGAGCCGGUGAGACUUUUCCUUCCUCGUCUGCUGCCGUCCAGGCUCCUGCCUCGCCGCAUGCCACUCGUCCUCCCGAUCAGGGGGGAGCAGGUCCUCAUCGAAGUGCCACCAUGUACGCCCCUGUCGCUUCGCGAGAUGGCGGGCAGCACCACGACGAGCAACAAGAACAGUACUAUGCUUCUCCUGAGCUUGGACCAGAGCCUACGAGUCCCGAGUCGUACGGCCAUUCGAGUGCCAUGAGUCAGCCGAGUCGUGCGCAACACGGAGCAAUGCUGCUUCCGCAUCAAGCGAUGGACAUGGCCGCUUUCGAAUCGUACAGGACCACACCGGAUCCUUAUGCUCCCAUUCCUCAGCCGCCCACUCCGCAGCAUAUGCACCGUCUAGCGCACGGGUCGGGCAGUAUGAUGGUGCAGCCGUAUGUGCAGGCUGGCGCCGCUUUUCAACAAAGUCCCCCCAUGUUGCCUUCUGCAGGCACCUCGGAGGGGGGCGCGAUGACCGGCGAUCAAUCUUUCGUUGGAACCGGACCGCUGCUCGUCUAUCCUAAUGCGACGUAUCCUGCUGGUCUAGUGCCACAACUGACCGGCGGAGGAUCGGUAUAUGGACAGAUGCAUCAACCUCAGAUCCAUUUCUCUCACGACCCCAAUGCUGCUACGACGUAUGGAUAUGCGCCACCGAUGACCCCCUUUAUCAUACCUUCUCCUAGUCUCGCUCAUCCUUCUCCGGCCAGCGCUUCACACGAUUGGUACGGCACUCAGAGCCACAUGUUCGGUUCGGGCCCCAGCAGUCGACCUGCGAGCAGGAACAAUCAUCAUCGCGUGAGUGAGGUGUAGCUUCUCUCGAUUGACGCGUCGACAUUCGAGCUUUCACUGAGCCUUUCGCCUUUUCGUUCCGCUGCAGCGCGGCGCUUCGCGUCAAGCGCACCGACGACAGGACUCCUACGCUUCCUCCUUCGCUGGCGAUGCUUCAUAUCCUGCAGGCGUGGGGGGAUUUUCCGGCUUUCCUGGUGGUCCUCUCAGCAAUGCCUCUUUGGCACCGAACAGCGCUUCAAAUGGUACAAGCUCGCAAUACGGCCUUAGUAUGAUACCCAACUCUCCUUCGUCGCCCACGGGCACGGGCAAUCAUCAACGCCUGCCCACUGCUCAUUCCAUGGUACCCAUGCACAUCUCGCCAAACGCAGCGGUUUCUGCCGGUGCGCCCAUUCCACUCCGUGCGGGCGCUCUUCAAGCAUCUCCACUCGCUGCUCAUUCUCAGAACAGCGCUGUCCAGCCCGGCUUCUACAGUACUGCUCGGUUUGGCUCAACAAGUCACAACGCUGCCCCGCCUGGCCGACACUCUAGAAACCACUCCAACGCUUCUUCCAUCUCCUUUGCGCCUUUUGCUUUGCCGCCGCCACACCUUGCCGGACGUAACGCUGCGGGUCUAGCAGCAGGAUCGGCCUUCCUCAACGGCGGUAUGUCGACACGCUCGGACCUGGUGAACGAAGGUCAAAAUGCGGCCUCGCCGAAUCGAUCGGCGCUGUUGGAAGAAUUUAGAAGCAGAGGUCUGAUGGGCGGACGUGCAAGACGGUUCGAGCUCGAAGAUCUGAAAGGACACUUGGUGGAGUUCAGCAGCGAUCAGCAUGGAAGUCGAUUCGUUCAGGAGAGAAUGGACUCGGCGGAUCAAAAGCAGAAAGACGAGGUAUUUGAGGAGCUCAAGCCGGCUGCGAAGCAACUCAUGGUCGAUGUCUUUGGCAAUUACGUGAGUUGCAAAGGAAAGGUAGCGACGGUACUGUAUUGACACGUGGCAUUGAUCGACUGCAGGUCAUACAAAAGCUCUUCGAGCACGGGACGCAGGAGCAGCGCAGUGCCCUGAUAGCCGACAUACUAGGUUCCAUAUUUUCUCUCUCUCUCGGCACGUACGGAUGCCGAGUGGUACAAAAAGCACUUGACUACGUGACACCUCACGAGCAGCUUUCCAUGGCUGAAGAACUUCGAGAGCACGUGCUGGAGUGUGUGCAAGAUCAGAACGCGAACCACGUGGUGCAAAAGGUGCUGAAGAGGGUGCGACCUUCGAGCGAUGUUGCUUUUGUCGCUGAAGCCUUCAGAGGAAGAGUGGGCGAACUGGCGGCCCAUUGCUACUCGUGCAGGGUGCUACAGAGGAUCUUUGAGCAUUGCGAAGAGCGCAUGAGCAGGCCUCUGUUGGAGGAGCUGCACGAGGAAGCGAAAAAUCUGAUGAGGGACCAGUAUGGUAACUACGUGAUUCAGUGGGUACUCUACAAGGGACAAGCGGCGGACAGGGACAGGAUUAUUCUGCAAACCAAGGGACAGGUGCUCCAGCUCAGCAAGCACAAAUUCGCGAGCAACGUGGUCGAGGCAGUGCUCAGGGCUGCUUCGGAGCAGGAAAGGCGACAGCUGAUCGAAGAGACUUUGACGUUGGUGGAUGCGUCUCCAGCGCGACUUUCGGCUGCUCGGUCAUCCACAGCGGUCGUCAACAACGGCACUGGCAACGACAAUGGCAAUGGCAAUGGUAGCACAUCAGCGUUGAGCCGAACUCCGGCAGCUGUACAAAUGAUGACAGACCAGUACGCCAAUUAUGUCCUGCAGAGAGUGCUGGAAGUGGCGUCGGAAGAGCAGCACAAGAAACUGCAGGAGGCUAUUCGACCGCACUUGGCCACGAGUAGAAGACACGCCAAGCACAUUGCGGCGAUUGAGAGGUUGUUGCAGAGACCUUAUCAGCAUGAGCAGCGUCAUGCACCUUCUAGGCCGCCUGAUCAAAGCUGAUUGGUGCAACGUUGGCGGAAGCGACCCGGCCCUUUUGCCACUGGACCGACGGCAGCUUCGUGCCUGCGAUUCUACUAUCGGAUUAUCCCCCUGGCCUAGAAAAUGCGCUUUCCCCAGCUGAUCAACCCCGCUUGUCUUCCUCGGCCUCAUGCAAAACCAGUCUCGAGUUUGGCUCUGGCGGCGCAAGAUCGAAAUGGAACGAUCAAGGAGUUGACCAAUCUACGUAUCAUGCACACUCGUUACCGACCAUCCGUUUCGAUAAGCAAGAUCACCACAGUGAUCAGUCACGAUAGAGCACGACUAAUUCUGUCUUUGAAAACACUUUGUGCAAGCACUCGUCACGUCACGACCAGGAUGAAACAUAUCAAGAUUGCACAUCUCUGCGGGCAUGAGCUCUGCGCUGGCUUUGUCUCCGUGUCGACCACCUUGCCUCCUCCCAAUUGCGCUGCGCGCGCCUCGUCCACCCUUGCGCAAUCUUUCACAAAGGGCCGCCGCCGCCGCAUCCUCGCCCCUCUAAUGCCCAUGAAAGCCAAUGUCUGCCUAACGUUUCGCACUUGCCGCAAUCAGGUUGCAUGCUCCGUUUUGCCCUCGUCUCGAACACACUGCCCACGCCUCUUUGCCUCCCUCGCAAUAGAUACUUUCAACUUUCGAUUCAAAAUUCGUGCGACUUUAACUUUUGGCGAUUGUGACGUGCCUGCUGGCCUCGGGGGUUUGUGUACUGCAUAUAACGUAGAAGUCAUUGCGAUUGUCUUGAAUUAGGUACGAUCUCCAACAGCACCUACAGUCUGAGUGCCUGUAGGACUGCCAGUUUGAUACAACUUGAUCGUACGUGGAGUGACUGUCGCUCGAUGCACGUGUGCGGGUGCUCGUGGAUGCACACAUGCGCGUGACGCGGUACGCCACUGCAGCUGGUGACUCGCGUGUUUGUUGCGAGCUUGCUUCUUCCGCGCGCCUUAAUCGCAAGUCGUCGUGAUUCACAUCCAUCCUUCAGCACACCACACGCACGACUUGCCAUUGUCCGCGGGCAUGAGAUUGUGCAGAAGGCCAGGCUGGGCCUAGAGCAGCAAUGUUGAGUGCUGCUCUGCUUAUGCCGCACUCCCAGCAAUCGUUGUGAAGCUCCAGCACAUGUGCGAUGCCUUUUACACAGGCAGGCAUCUAUCCGUGUAGAUCUGCCGUUGGUCUGUAGGCACAGAUGUCCUAGGAUCACAUCACCACUCGCAAAGACGGCCGAGCACACGCGUGGUGAGCAGGCCGAUCUGUUUUCUUUGGCAUUUCCCAUGGAAACUCUUUCACUCGACCUCAACAUUAGUCUCGAUGGCAUGACACGCACUGUCCGACCAUGUCCGCGCAGCGAUCCGAUGUCAACAGCUUCAGCGCUCACCUCGGCAAAGCAUCCCACUCCCACACGCCUGCCCGUCGAGCUGCUGCUUCGCAUCUUUGAGCAAGCCUGCGCGCUGGACAUGCGUGUUUGCAAGACGCUGCUGCAAGUCACUCAUCUCGCGCGAAACGUCUCCCUCGCCUUUUCUGCCCACUCUCCUCUUCUCUGCACCACGCGACAGGUGCAGGCUUUUCUGAGAAGCAGGCAGGGAAACGUCGCCGCGCUGGGACUGGUCAGGGUGGAUGAUGUGCUGCUUGAGAGGAGCGAGGCUCGGCAGACUCUGAUCGAGGAGACGAGGUGGGACAAGAGGCCAGAAGAGGUGGCGCAAGAGUUAGAGAUCUGGACCGAUUUGCUCACUUUUCUAUUUGGCAUGGACCAGCAACAGGAGCAAGCCGAUCCCUUCCAGGCGGCGUGGUCGAGCCGAGUGUCCAGCAGUACUACUUGUGCCCACUCUCGCCCGUCUCGACUCCAUGGACUGGCCCUUUCCUCGAGCGCCAUUGCGCGUCUCGUGGGCUCGGUGCACAUCACGUGGCCAGGCGAUCCGCGACCUGCUCCACUCUACAAUCCAUCACCUAUGGAAAGGAUGAACCUUGACCUGCGCUUCUGGCAGAGCAUGGAUGCCCAGAGCAAGAUGACUGUGAAUCAUUUAGCUCUCAGCGGAUCCGACUAUCGCCUUGGUCCUCUAUGGCGACGCCUGCGGGUUCGGCAAUGUUUGACGUUGUACACUUGCACCCACGCGAUGCGGCCGGCUCACUGGGCUCGGCUAGAAGACCUGCCUACUGCGGAUGACAAGCUUGACGGAACAGGUCGCAAUGUCGCCUUGAGAUUUGUACAGGGUCGCCUGGACUGGAGCAGGCGCAGAGCGCCCCAGUGGCCACUCGAUUGGGUCGUCCACUUUGCCAGGGUUCAGCUGCGCAGAAGAAGAGGUCAAGUCUACCCACCCUUCGAUCGCGUGCGCUUGGAGUUGGUCGGCGAAGAUGAGCGAUCAUUCGAGGAUUUCAAAGAGGUACUCGACGCUCUGCCAAGAAAGUAUCUCGAUUGCAAAGAAUUCCAAUUGAUUCGGCGAGAGGAAGGAGGCAAUCAAAUCUCGCUUGAGCGCGCAGAAUGGGCGUCUGGCGCGUCUUUGUACUCUCUUCCGGAAGCAGCUCAGGCGUACAAAAGUCAUCAAGGCAAGCGUGAGGCAUCUUGUGAGGACUUCCGAAUGCAGUGGUGCGAGUGUGACCCCGAAGGAGGCCCAGUCGACUCCUACGAAGAGGAGCUGGAGCACAACAAUUGGAGUGCAGAUGAGAUGUUCGACGAAGAGGAUUUCGAAGAUGCAGCGGAGCUCAAAGAGUGGAAGAAGGCUAUGAAGAAAGUACACGAUGCUUUUGCUAGAACGGCGAGCAGGAGAUGGAGUGAAGAAGCGCGACGAGGACAGAGGUGA